AUGAUACAGUGGAUGGUCUUGUCCGACGAGGUUUCACUGCAGAUACACGCAACAAUUGCCUUUGGCUGUAUAUCUUUCUACGCCGCAGCACGGUGCCUUUAUCUCCUCUAUUUUCAUCCACUAUCAAAGUUUCCAGGUCCAAAAGUGGCAGCCGUCUCAAAUGUCUGGUAUGCUUAUCACUGGUUUUCGGGGAGAUAUCCUUGGGCAAUUGAGUGUGUACUCCGCAAGUACGGCGAUAUCGUUCGCAUUGCCCCUAAUGAACUUGUUUUCUUCACUCCAAAAGCAGUCCUCGACAUCUACUCUCCACAUCAUAAGAAUCUCGAAGUCUUCAUCAAGACCGAUUUUCAAAACCGCGGCAAGCAUCUAGGCGGCAUUGUCUGGGAAGAGGACCCUACUCGCCAUCGUGAGGUUUCAAAGAAAAUUUCUCCUGCGUUCAGCGCUCGAUCAAUCAAGGCUUUAGAGCCUAUCAUGCAUGAGUAUAUGGAUUACUUCGUCGUCAAGAUGGAGAAAUUCGGCUCUAAGCCCACGGGAGUCGGAUUGGUAGAGUGGACGAAUUGGCUGGCCAUGGACGAGGCGGCUGAUAUGGCUUGGAGUGAGAAGCUGCAUCAGAUGCGGGACCAGAGAAACUCCGUACAUCUCGAUGUUCUCCUCGGCUUCAACGCCUUCACCACAGUCAUGCAGGUCUUCAAACGCUUUCCUCUUCUCCAUCCAUUUCAGUACUUGGCCGCCCCAGUCGCAAAAUUGAAGGUUUUGUCGGCCAUGGAGGCAGCGGUGAGGGAUGGUGUCAUGAAGCGUAUCGAACGAAGGGCCAAGACAGAACACGUUGACCUCUUUGAUUACGUCUUGCCUGCCAAUAGCCCUGUUCCCACGGAUGCUCAUGAGCUCACCCACACCGGCGCGCUUGCCCAGCAGAUGAUGUUCGCUAAUUACGGGCCCAUGGCUGAUUGGUUUUACGGGACACUUCUCUUCCUGAUCGAAGAGCCUGAAUAUCUCCACAUCUUGUCCAAAGAAAUUAGAGAUAGCUUUCAAAGCUACCAUGACAUCACCCCAAGCGCUCUAGCAUCUUUACCACACCUAAACGCCUGCCUUCAAGAAUCACUCCGCUUACUUCCAAGCAACAACACCGGACUACCUCGCCUAAGCCCUGGUGCUGUCAUCGACGGACACUACGUCCCGAAAGGAGUAAGCCUUCUCCCAGGUUGCGCCUUCUAA